UAGUGGCACAUCCUGCCAUCCAGUGGAGUAAACCCCAAGUGGCUUCUGCAACCACGAGGUCUCCCCUGCUCUCGGAACCCUCCAGAGGGCCGCGUCGGGUUAAAUGGUGGUGGUGGUGGCGGAGGCGAGCCGUCGGUGCCGCGGCGGGGUCUGAAUUCCCCGGGCGGGAGAGUGGUGUGGUCGGGUGGGGCUCGCUCGCUACUCCGCCGUGUCUCGUAAAUUGAACAAAUUGGGCUUGCAUGAGUUGAUAACAAGUGCAUCCCAUUAACCUUAAUGGAGACUUCAUAUUGUUUGUGCUCCCGAGCUUGUGGUUUUGGUGCACCAAGGAUAUGGUUAUGGCUUCUACUAGCUCUUGUUCUUCAGAAUUGCAGUCUGACACUCACAGCCUCACCAUAUCUGGUCGGUAUGGGGAGCUUUGACAUAACAGGACCUGCGGCAGAUGUUAACAUGAUGGGAUAUGCAAAUGCUGAGCAGACUGCAUCAGGAAUUCACUUCAGGCUUAAGUCACGUGCAUUUAUUGUGGCUGAGCCUAAUGGAAAGCGUGUUGUGUUUGUCAAUCUCGAUGCUUGUAUGGCAUCACAGAUUGUGACUAUAAAGGUGCUUGAAAGGCUAAAAGCAAGGUAUGGUGAUCUUUAUAACGAAAACAAUGUGGCUAUCAGUGGUAUCCACACUCAUGCUGGGCCUGGAGGUUAUCUGCAAUAUGUGGUUUAUAUUGUCACGUCUCUUGGGUUUGUUCGCCAAUCAUUUGAUGUGAUUGUUGAUGGCAUCGAGCAAAGCAUUGUUGAAGCUCAUAACAACCUCCGUCCUGGCAAAAUAUUUGUGAACAAAGGUGACCUCCUUGAUGCUGGUGUGAAUCGCAGCCCAAGUGCAUACCUAAAUAAUCCUGCUGAAGAGAGAAAUAAAUACCAGUAUAAUGUUGAUAAAGAAAUGACCCUCAUGAAGUUUGUAGACAAUGAACAGGGUCCAAUUGGAAGUUUCAAUUGGUUUGCAACUCAUGGAACAUCAAUGAGCCGUACUAAUUCCUUGAUAAGUGGUGAUAACAAGGGAGCCGCUGCACUCUUCAUGGAAGACUGGGCUGAACAAAAUGGCUUGCCCAAAAAGUCAGCUCUUGCAAAUUCUGAUGAUUUGAGAUCUCUGCACAAGACAUCUGUACUUCCGCGAAGAGUUUCUACUAUCAUUCCUGAACCAAAUGAGAUAACUGAUGACCUGAUACAGUUGGCAUCAUCCUACGAGGCCUCAGGUGGCAGGCGUUUGGCAGGUUCUAGUAUCACUAGGCGUAUAAGAAGUGCUCAACAAAACAAACCUAAAUUUGUUUCUGCAUUUUGCCAAUCCAAUUGUGGAGAUGUUAGUCCAAAUGUCCUUGGAACAUUUUGCAUUGACACCAACCUUCCAUGUGACUUCAAUCACAGCACAUGUAAUGGGAGAAAUGAACUUUGCUAUGGACGAGGCCCAGGAUACCCUGAUGAGUUUGAAAGUACCCGUGUUAUUGGGAAUAGGCAAUUUCUUAAGGCUGUUGGCCUCUUUAAUUCAGCUUCUGAAGAAAUACAGGGCAAAAUUGACUAUAGGCACACUUAUUUAGAUUUCUCACAGCUCGAAGUUAAAGUUUCUACAAGUGCAGGUAGUCAACAGACAGUGCAAACAUGCCCAGCAGCCAUGGGUUUUGCUUUUGCUGCUGGAACCACAGAUGGCCCUGGAGCUUUUGAUUUCAGACAAGGAGAUGUCAAGGGAAACCCUUUCUGGAGGUUAGUAAGGAACUUACUAAAGACACCAAGGAGGGAACAAGUUGAGUGUCAUGCUCCAAAACCAAUAUUGCUAGACACCGGUGAAAUGAAGGAACCAUAUGAUUGGGCGCCUGCAAUACUUCCAAUUCAAAUAAUAAGAAUUGGCCAGCUGGUUAUCUUAUGUGUCCCUGGAGAAUUCACAACAAUGGCUGGCAGACGGCUGCGCAAUGCUGUGAAAAAUGUACUUACAAGUGGAAAUGGUGAAUUCAAUAAAAAUAUUCAUGUUGUUCUUGCGGGGCUAACAAAUUCUUAUUCCCAGUAUGUUACAACUUUUGAAGAAUAUCAAAUCCAAAGAUAUGAGGGGGCAUCAACGUUGUAUGGUCCCCACACCUUGAGUGCCUAUAUCCAAGAAUUUGAGAAACUCGCUACAGCCAUGACUGCAAACAAAGAGGUCCCAACAAAUCUCCAACCACCUGAUCUGUUGGACAAGCAAAUUGGACUACUUCCUGGUGUUGUUUUUGACUCAACUCCUCUUGGUGUCAAGUUCGGGGAUGUCAGCUCGGAUGUUCCCAGUAACUCAACAUUCAACAAGGGUAGUACUGUGAAUGCUACAUUUUAUUCAGCAUGCCCAAGGAAUGACCUCCUUACAGAUGGCACCUUUGCACUCGUCGAGAAGCUAGAUGGUAACAAUAAUUGGGUUCCUGUAUACGAUGACGAUGAUUGGUCAUUGCGUUUCAAGUGGUCAAGGCCCGCAAGAUUGAGUUCAAGAAGUUUUGCUACUCUGGAGUGGACAGUUCCUGAAGAUGCUGUCUCUGGUGUUUACAGAUUGAGGCAUUAUGGCGCCUCCAAGCCAAUGUUUGGUUCUAUCAGGCAUUUUACCGGGACCUCUCGUGCAUUCGCUGUGCGUUAGGUGAUAUCCCUUUGCUUUUUAUGGCCAUCAUAAUUUACAGCACUCACGUCAAACAUGGAAACCCUGCCAUUAUACCCACAGGGCUUACCCUGCUUGUUUACAUGUAUUUGAGGGUAAUGACACUGUUCAAUCGUAUGAAAACUGCCGCCCCAAUGCUUAAACUCGGAAUUGGAAAUAUACAGAAUGUACACUUUGGUUUCAAGAAAUAUAUAGAAUGUACAUAAGUACUCUAUCUA